AUGUCGAGCCAGUUCGGCUUUCCCACAGGCUUUGCGCCGCCGCCGCCGCAGCAGCAUGCGCCGCGGGCCGCAGCCCUCCCCAUACCCUACGUGACCGAGACAGUCGGCGGGGGGUGGAAGACGUCGGACAUCUUCUCCCGCCUGCUGCAAGAGCGCAUCAUCUGCCUGAACGGCGAGGUCGAGGAAUCCAUGUCGGCCAUGAUCGUUGCGCAGCUGCUCUUCCUCGAGGCCGACAACCCGGAGAAGCCCAUCUCGCUGUACAUCAACUCGCCCGGCGGCAGCGUGAGCGCGGGGCUCGCCAUCUACGACACCAUGAACUACAUCCGCAGCCCCGUCAGCACCAUCUGCAUGGGCCAGGCCGCCUCGAUGGGCUCGCUGCUGCUGUGCGGCGGCAACCCAGGGCAGCGCUACAUCCUGCCCCACGCGCGCGUCAUGAUCCACCAGCCCAGCGGCGGCUACUCGGGCAAGGCGAGCGACAUUGCGGACCACGCCAAGGAGAUCCUGCGCGUGAGGGAGCGCCUGAACAAGAUCUACCAGGCCCACCUCACCAAGAAGAGGAGUCUGGACGAGAUUGAGAAGCUCAUGGUCGGCGACUACUUUAUGGAUGCGCAAGAGGCCGUCGACUUUGGCAUUGUGGAUAAGAUCCUCGAGCGGAGAGAGCGUGUGCGGGAUGAGUAG